ACGAGGUGAUUUGUCGACUGUGGUUAAAGUUUCAUUGUCUUGCUAGUUAGACAUUGAAAGCCAAAAGAUCACAGCAUUGGUACAGUCAGACAGGACUGCAGAAUGAGGCUGAUUCCAUAGAAGACUCUACAAGAGGCCUGUAGAGUAUACAGAUGUUUGAUGUUGUUGCAGGAAAAUGGUGCAGAAGUCUACAGUGGUGGGUCUACUCUUACUAGUGCUGGCUGCAGUCGGCACGUUUGUGGCCGUUUUCUUUGGGGUGCGGGGCAAGACAACCACUUCCGAACCCAAGCCUGGCUAUUUUAAGGCAGCGGUGGCUGCGGACGCUGGGCCAUGCUCAGAAAUUGGAAGGGACAUUCUUAAGAGAGGUGGUUCCGCUGUAGAUUCUGCCAUCGCUGGUCUGCUGUGCGUGGGUUUAAUGAACGCCCACAGCAUGGGCAUUGGAGGAGGGCUGUUCUUCACUAUAUACGAUGCCAAAACAGGAAAAGUCGAAACCAUUGAUGCACGUGAGACGGCCCCGGCAAAUGCAACCAGAGACAUGUUUGGAAAUAGUACAGACCUUUCUCAGAAAGGUGGUUUGGCCAUUGCAGUUCCUGGGGAAAUACGGGGGUAUGAGAUGGCCUAUAAUCGUCAUGGCAAGCUCCCUUGGAAAGAGCUGUUUUUACCAAGUAUAAAACUGGCCCGGAAUGGCUUUCCUGUGGGCAGCGCUUUAGCCAGUGCCAUUCGAUCAAGCAGAAGAACCAUUACCAAUGACAAGAUAUUAUGCUCUGUGUUCUGCGAUUCCACUGGCAACAUCCUGCAAGAAAACGACACCAUCACUUUUACAAAACUGGCCGACACUUACGAAUUCAUUGCAGAGAAUGGGCCUAAUGCGUUCUACAGUGGACCGCUUGCUGAGAACCUCGUAAAGGACAUCAGAGCUGCAGAUGGGAUUAUAACUCUGGAGGAUCUGAGAGAUUACGAGCCAGUGCUGGAUGAAACCCCCCCAACCUCUACUGUGGGUGAAUUUACAAUGGUGGCUCCCAACGCACCUGCCAGUGGCCCGGUCCUCACGUUAAUACUAAACAUCCUGAGCGGUUUCAACUUCAGUCCUGACAGUGUCUCCACCACCGAAAAGAAAAUCCUAACCUAUCAUCGCAUAGUAGAGGCAUUCCGAUUUGCGUACGCCAAGAGGUCUGUUUUGGGGGAUCCAAGAUUUGUCAGCAUCUCCGAUUUCAUCCAGAACAUCACCUCAAAGGACUACGCUGACAUGAUCCGCCACAAGAUCACAGAUAAUACGACUCAGCAAGAGAGCUACUAUGAACCUGAGUUCUUCAUCCCGGAAAAUCAUGGCACAUCACAUCUAUCAGUGGUGGCAGAGGAUGGUAGCGCUGUAGCCGCCACCAGCACCAUUAACCUAUACUUUGGCUCCAAGUUCAUGUCGAAUUCGACAGGAAUUCUACUCAACAAUGAGAUGGAUGACUUCAGUUCGCCUUUGAUCACAAACAACUUCGGAGUUCCACCUUCUCCAAACAACUUCAUUGUUCCACAUAAAAGACCCAUUUCUUCUAUGUGUCCCGCCAUCCUGCUGGACAAAAACAAAAAAGUUAAAAUGGUGGUCGGAGCGUCUGGCGGAACAAAGAUCACCACAGCAGUCGCACAGGUCAUUUUGAACGCACUGUUCUUCGAAUACGACCUGAAGAAGGCUGUAGUGGAUCCAAGAAUUCACAAUCAGCUCAGUCCAAACACAACACAGGGAGAGCCUGACUUUGACAAGGCCGUUUUGGAGGGUCUUGCACUGAAGAACCAUGUUACAGAGGUGUCAACGUCCACCGGGUCUGUGGUUCAGGCCGUGGUGCGGUACAGUGCUGGCCUCAGCGCUGAGUCAGACCCUCGUAAGGGAGGCUACGCAGCUGGCUACUGAUGGCCGACUCAGCAAUCCAAGUUAUCAUCCCAGCUGCAGGCAGUGUAGAUGUGACAUUGAGGCAACUUAGGCAGGGUAUCUGCAGGUUUGAAGGAAUAAACUUUAAGGCUUUUUAAGGCCUUAAAGAAAAAUGUAAGAUCACUUUCACAAUAAAAAAACCCACAUUAAAUAAUUAAUUAGCAGGUAAAUGCAAAACCACUUAGGCUACUUGGAUGUCUCUGGAGAUUUUUUUUAUAUUUGAUUGUGCAUUUAUGUAAAGUAUGUAGCCUAUAUUCUGACUCUUCUCAUUAGUAAUUUGUUUUCCAGUAAGACGUGACGCAAUAGACCUUAUUCACAGUUGCGCCAUGUUUGAUUUUGAAUGGGAAUGGAAAUGAGGCUGUGAGGGAUAAUACCAUCUCUUCAAUGGUAGUUCAUUGACGAGACUGUACAUCUAUAUUCCUCACAGCCUCGUUGUCAUAAAAAUCAAAUAUGGCGCUGCUGUGAACAAGGCCCAGCAUGUGCUGAAUAAUAUUUAUAUAUAUUUUCUUGGCAGAUACCUUUAACAAAUACUUUAACAGGUAGAUAAAGGGUAGUUACUUUAAAAAUGAAACUUCUGUCAUCACUGCUCACCCUUGAGUCAGCCAUCGAACAAAAAUGGAGAUGUGUAGCAAAACGUUUAGUCUCAGUCACCAUUCACUGUCACUGCAUCUAUUUUUCAUUCAAUGGAAGUGAAUAGUGACUAAUGGUUAUUUUUGUGUGAAAUAUCUCAAGUAUAAGUCAAAACUCGUCAGUUACCUUAAAAUGACAGUUUAACCCUUGUUGUGUCAAUUUAAAAAAGUUACUCAGAGGUCCUUAGAGAACCAACAUUUUUUUUAACCAAUAUCUGUCCUGAUCAUUACCAAAUAUUCAUACAUUUUCAGGAUUUUAACUCUUUAAAUGCCAGUUUGUUUACAUAAUAUCACUGUUGUUGUUUUUUACACACACACAAAUUUCUCAAUACACACAUACAAAAAACAAAAACACAUCAAUUUCAACACAUUCACACAAUUUUAGCUGCAUCAUGUAUUAAAUUGGCCUGAAGUGCUCUAUAAUACAGCAAACAAAAAAUAGGAAAAAAGCAUGUAAUUGCUCCAUAGGUUACAUGAGAUAAAUGGCUCCAUCUGGUGGAAAAUAUUAAAAAUUUACAUUUUGAAGCCUUUAACGACCAAGUACCUCUGUCAGAGAUAAGACAGGUGAAUCGGACCUGGCCAAUCAAAAUAUAAAUUUAUGAUUUCUCAUUGUUCAUCAGAGGUAAUAAUGUACACACCCUGCAUUUAAUGAAUAAGGAAUAAAACACUUUCAAACACUGGAUGAUAAAUAUGCGCAGAGAGAAAGCAUAAAUGACCUUAUUUCAUUCUUAAAAGUGAAGUGUGUCUUUUUUAUGUUGAUAACUUUCUCCUAUCCUAUCACAGCUAAAUAAGUUUAGUAAGCCAUCCUUAGGUGUAUCCACAGUGACACAGUAACACUAACUCAACCAAUUGCGUAUUGGGGCGGGACGAUCUGUUUGUACGCCCAAUUCCGUUUGGUGCUGCCAAUGGUGCAGAAAUUAGACACUUCACCUUUAAUCUUUUAGUGCCUUUGUCUUGUUUCCUAGUAAAACAAAUAUCUAGACACUUUUCAAACAAGAUAAUACACCUGAUGAGCAAAACUACAUGUAUUAGAAUGUAUCUUGUAUUUUGUUACCAGAUGUAUUCUUUGAAAACAAUCUUUAAAAUGAUUGUUCACCCAAAAAUGAAAAUUCUCUCAUCAUUUACUCACACCUCAUGCCAUCCCAGAUGUGGAUGACUUUCUUUCUUCUGCAGAACACAAACAAAGAUUUCUAGAAGAAUAUCUCAGCUCUGUAGGUCCAAACAAUUCUAGUGAAUGGUGACCAGAACUUAGAAUCUCCAAAAAGCACAUAAAGGCAGCAUAAAAGUAAUCCAUAUAACUCCAGUGGUUAAAUCCAUGUAUUCUGAAGCUAAAUAAUAGGUGUGGGUGAGAUAAAGAUCAAUAUUGAAGUCCAUUUUUACUAUACUCCACUUUAACUUUUAAUAUCCUUUGCAAAUUAACCCCCCCCCUCAAGAAGAAAUUCUUCUUGCAUAUCACCACCUACUGGUCAGAGCUAGUCAAAGGUGGAGAUUUAUCAUAUAAAAGGACUUAAAUAUGUUACUGUGUAAUUGCAUUUGUUUGAUAGUUUGGGGAAGGAAUAAAGGCGGUAUACUAAGGAGGUUCCGAAUUAUCCAUUCGCCUCCUGGCGUGUCGGUCAGAACACAGGAUAGGAUCCAAACAGCCAGGUUCCAUUCAAAAGGGGUUUAUUUACAUUGAAGUAGCCACAAGUCACAGGCACAUGACAGGUUGCAUAUUCAGGUAGUCAGGUUGAUAUGAGGAUAUAGGAGAGGAUUUGAACAGGUUUAUACUUGUGUGUACGUGUAUAUGUGUGUGUGUGGUUAGUCAGUCAUGGAUGCACACUUUACACAACAAGUUAUUUUAGCACAUAUCACGGGCAUGUAUUUCGUCUUGGCUUGCUCCGCUGUAUAAUGCUGUUGAUUGACAGGUGCUCUAAGCUCCGCCUUUCCAACAGUAUUUAUUGCCCAAAAAUAAAUCUGUUUGGAAUUUUACGAGUGAUUAUGAACUUUAAAGCUGGUCUUUUGUCUGAACUGAGAGUUACAUGCAGGCAAGUAACAUUGUUGCAAGUCUAAACAGGGAUGUCUCAGGGGAAGAAGUUUUAAUCAAGCUUCUAAUAAGAGCUGAAGUGUGAAUAAGAGUUGAAGUACUCGUUGUAAUGUCCCAUGAGUAUGUGGCCCUACCCAGAGGCACCUCAACCGAACAUCAAGCAGCAUCAUUUAUGUGGGGAACAGAUUUGGGGGGCAAUUUUAUGAUGUGAUAGUAUUGGUUCGUUCAAGUCGUCCUGAAAAAUCGUGGUUGGAGAUCGUUAAUAUGAUGUGAUGUGCAUUCAAGUGAUAUUAGUCACUUGAAUGCACAUAUAACUCUCUUUUUCAGUGCAACACCAAACAUUAGGUUUUUUUAUGCUUUAUCUAUUUUAUCUUUCUUAUGCAGUCACAUAUAAUGAUUUCUGAACCCCUUUACUUCAUAAAUCAGCUAUAUGAGUCUUAUUCUCUGGCAUGCUUUCUUGUUUUUCUUCAUUAACAGUACAAGAAAAUAAAUAAAUGCAUACAAACCAAACUGCACAGUUAAACUCUAUAAGUUAAACUGAAUUAUUACCAUUGCUUCCACCAUGAUUCAACACACAACUCAAAGAAAAUCCCAAGUUUCCCACUGGUAAUCACGACAUCUGUGUUCAUCUCGGAAAUACAAUCAUUUCAUCAUGCAUCCUACAGUAUAUCCAAAUACUGGGUAUUUAGUAUACUUUCACAUCAGCAGUGAAGUAAAUACUUUUAGUGCAUAAUAUAAGUUUGCGAACUGGGAUGCAGCCCAGUAUGUAACGACUCAUAUUAAAGGUCACUGUGUGAAGUCUAUUUAGAUCAUGCUUUCAUAGAGCAAGUUGUACAGCCAUGGUUUGAGCACAGUCCUGCCUCUUCUUUUUACCAAUAUUGUUGCAUUGUCUUUUGCUUUUCGGGGGCGUUUGUUUCCGUCUGGGUUUUUUAGAGCUGUUAGGUUCGUGCUGGUAGGAAAAGGUCAGGCUCUUUCACUGUUCCCGGCUCUAACAGAGGGGCUGACAAUAAAACCCUGUCACAUGGCUCCUGUCGCUAGAACAGCACCACCAUGGACUAUCCAGACUUUAGUCUGAUUUGUAUGGUGGAACACAGUUUGAGACUACACUUCUAGAAUGUCAGUUUAUGAUUUUGAUUGCUUAUGAUUUGACAGUUAGACACCUGGUCUCUCUAAUCACUUUCAGUCUACAAACUAAUGAGUAGAGGCAGAUGAUAUUGAGUUUAAAAACCUUGCUAUAUGCAAAAAGUUUUGAAUGUAAGCUGAAUGUUAAUUUUGGAAUGGCAUAAUUCUAUAUCACUCUUACUAUUUACUGUAUACAUUACACAUGCAUAAAUGAGUUAGAGCUAUUUGGAAUUGGAUACUACCAUACACUGCUAACAGUAUAUACCAGUGGCAUAGCCAAGUGUGGGCUGGGGGUCUGGACCCACCCAAAUGAGGCCCAGGCCCACCCAGAAUAUUAUGGCAAUUUUCCACUGCACAUUACGGUUUGAAUCGACUCUACUCGCUUCACUUUUCUGAGUUUGCUUUUCCACUGCAGUUUAGUGCCGCCUCAACAUGGGUGGGACUAUAGGCAGAUCGUCAUAGUUGAACCGCCUCUACUGCCGUGACAUCAUCUUAAACGCGACACAAAAAUGACUGACCAUAAAAAAUAACACGACCACUAGCUGUUAGCUACUAGCUCAUUGUGCUGCAUAAAGCAGUUGUUGCAUGGUGAUUUUACACAAGUUACAUUGGCCUAGUUGUUUUAGAAGUUUUCCACUAGCUGGUCAACUAAAUAAAGUGAAGCUUUCAAGCAGAGUAUAGAGUUAAUGAAACAAAAUGUACCAUCCUCCAUUGUGGCUGAGUCCAGGGCACUCUCCCUCCCCUGCUCGUCAGUCUAGAUAGAGACGAUUUGGUCGAACCGCUUCCACUUUUCCUUGAUGGUUCUGUAGUCACUUUAAAAAAGUUUUUUUACUUUUCCCUACACUAUUGGUGGGUCCGGUGGUAGCGGUGUGCGGCUAACAGCUGAAACACUUCCUAAAAUACUUUUUCGUUUUGUUUGUCGCUAACGAGAGGACAGUCUGCAUCUCGUUUAUUGACCACAGCAUGGUUUGACGCCCAGCCAUUUCUUUUUAGAAUUCGAAAGUCACCUGAACAAAUGAUACUGCUAUAGGUGCUGCUAAUGUCCCGUUCUAGAUUCACUCUGACCAAUCAGUGAUCUGCAGGUUUUUAAUGUCACAUUUAAUAUCGGAUCGGCUUGCUUGGAACCUCGACCGAGGUGGUACUAAAAAAAGUACCAGGUACUAUACGCAAUGGAAAACCCACAAAAAGCGAGCAGAGUCAAGUCGAGUUGUACCAUGCAGUGGAAAAGCCCCAUUAGAGAUUAUUCUUUGACUUCAAAAAUAUAUUCAUAAAAUAGUAUAAAAAAAUGCUUAAAUUCACAUUUCUGAACUGUUUAAAUGUGCUGUUUCUCUGUUGUUAAGGAAAAAACUAUUGGGGCAAAACUUGGCCCAUUCAUUUUUAUUGAGGCCCACCCAAAAGUAAUUUCCUCAAAAGUAAUUUUUUAAAUGGUACUACAUUGUUGUCUCCAGUGUUGGAUAAUAACUAACUAGAAAUAGCAAUGUAUAACUUAACUACAUUUUUAUAAUUUGUUUUAGCAGCAAGACAUGAGCAUUGCUCUAUUUUUAUAAUCAUGCAGCUUUUCCAUUAAUAAGCUACAUUUUACGACCAGUAAUGGUUUAGCAUCACAAAAUGCUGCAUUUGUCACAUGGGAGAGACAGUAAUCAGACGUGCUCAGCUGAACUCUCAUUUGUAGCACUGGGAAAUCCAAAUCAUCUAAGUGAAGGGGUUCUUUCGGAUAGUUACUUAAUCCCAUAAAUGAUUCGCUAAUUCGCUUGAGUGAAGUGAAAUAUUUAGUUAAUUGGUGCUGUUUAUUACAUUAUACUUUGAUUUGGUUGUAUAAAAUAUGGUGUUCUCUAGAUUUAUUUGUUUAUAAUUAAUAUACAUUUAUUUGUUCAAUUAAAUGUGGUCACCCUAAUUAAUUAUUAGGUCAUAAGUAGAUAUUAUUUAAUUCUGCAACAAGAAAAAAAAAGAUUGACAAAAACAGGGCAAAAACAGCCUGUUGAAUUCUAAGGAACAGAGAGAGGAAGGCAAAUGGUUAUGAAAAACUAAAUGACUUGACUGCUGUCACAAGUGGGCCUCUGGGAAAAAAAUAACUACAAAAGAGUAGAAUAUGGCCCUUUUAAGUGUUUUGAAAACAAGUAAUACAGAGUCUUAUUUAAGCUGAGCAUGAAGCAAAACAUGAGCAACACAAGAGGAACUGAUUCAUUAAUUCAUGGUGGGAGGUGAGUGAACAAGCAGCAUUUGCAUGUUUUAAUAAUGCAUAUUCUGUCCCUUCAAGGAAAGCCCUUUGCAUUCAUAUCACUGUGAACACACAUAAAACUGAAUUUAAUCACAUUACGCUUUUCAGACUAUUUUUCAGUCUUCAUGAUUUAUGCAUGGUCUUAUUUAAGCGUGCGCCUGUUAGACAUAAAGGGCUAAUACUGACAAUUCUUUGAGAAUGAUCUGUCAUCUGAAAUCGUUUUAACAGGGUCAAUUAAAAGAUCAACACUGAGUGCUUAAAGGCAUUAGAAAAUAUUUAUUAUGAUGUGUCAUACAAAAAAUAAAUGCACUUAAAUGACAUUUAGUGGGGAUUCUAUGAUGUCAUACAGUCUGCUGUCGCAUCCUGGGAAAUUAGUGGAGCUUUUUAUUAUGCAUCCAUCAACUUUAUUACAACUAUCUCUGAUUAGUGCCAAAAACAUAUGAGUAUGAUAUUUUAAAACAGUGGUAUUAAGAUCAGUUAUAAUUACAGUAGAAUUUCAUCAUUGAAGGAAAACUAACACACAGUAGUGGCUGAAAAUAUUGGUGCCCUUGUUAAAUAUGAGUGAAGAUGGCUGUGAAAAAUAAACUGCAUUGUAUAUCCUUUUGAUCUUUCAUUCAAAUAUUGCAGAAAAUCAAACCUUUAAUUGAAGUGAAUAAAUUGAAAGAGGGGAAUUAUCUCAUUAUUAAUUCAAUAUUUUCCUCCAAAACACAUUGGCCACAAUUACUGGUACCCCUAGAAAUUCUUGAGUAAAAUAUGUCUGAAGUGUAUUCACAUUUAUAUUUGACAUUUUUUAGUGCACCUGGGUUACUAGGAACAUACACAUUUUCAGCUAUGACUUCCUGUUUCAGAGGGGCAUAAAUAUGAGUUAACACAAAGGCCAAAUUCCCUUCAUCAUCAAUCACAGUAGGUUAGACUAAAGAAUAUAGUUCUGAUGUGCAGCAAAACGUUGUUGAGCUUCACAAAAUGGGAAGUGGCUAAAAGAAAAUAGCUAAAACAUUUAAAAUGCCAGUUUCCACCAUCAGAGCAAUAAUUAAAAAUUGGAGAUGUUAUGAAUCGACCUGGAAGAGGACGUGUGUCUAUAUUGUCUCCACACACACUGGUUAGAAUGGCCAGAAAUUCACCAAGGAUCACAGCUGGAGAAUUGCAGAAAUUAGUUGAAUCUUGGGGUCAGAAAGUCUCCAAAACUACAAUUAGACAUCACCUACAUCACCAAAAGUUGUUUGGAAGGGUUUCAAGAAUAAGCCUCUGCUCUCAUCCAACAACAAAGUCAAGGAUCUUCAGUUUGCCAGACACUACUGGAACUUCAAUUGUGGCCGGGUUCUAUGGUCAGAUAAAAAAUUGCUUUUUGGCAGCAAACAGCAGAGAUGGCUUUGGCAUACACAGAGAUGGAAUACCACCCAAUGCCCACAGUUAAAUGUGGUGCUAGAUCUUUAAUGUUGUGGGGCUGUUUUUCUGCCAGAGGUCCUGGACAUCUUGUUCGGAUACAUGGCAUCACAGACUCUAUCAUAUACCAAUAGAUAAAAAAUCUAAACCUGGGUCCUUACAAUGUGCCCUGGUUGAAUCUUCCAGCAGGACAAUGAUCCAAAACAAACAUCAAAAUCAACACAAAAAUGGUUCACUGACCACAAAAUCAAGAUUCUGCUAUGGCCAUCCCAGUCCCCUGACCUGAACCCCAUAGAAAACCUGUGUGGUGAUCUGAAUAGGAGAGUCCCCCAACAUGUACCUCUGAAUUUGAAGGA